CUCAUUUAAUGACGUCGUAUCAGCGCGACUGAAACGUAAAACCUACAACAGCGGCCUGUGUUUUCACUCGAGCGCUGUAAUUUUUUGUCUUUGGUGGAGGAUUUGUCUCUACAGUCCGUCACCAUCAUGAAACUUGUCAGGUUUUUGAUGAAACUCAGCCAUGAGACGGUUACCAUUGAACUAAAGAAUGGCACCCAGGUCCAUGGCACCAUUACAGGUGUUGAUGUGAGCAUGAACACCCACCUGAAAGCGGUGAAAAUGACCCUGAAAAACAGGGAGCCCACUCAGCUGGAAUCACUAAGUAUCCGUGGCAACAAUAUUCGCUACUUUAUCCUUCCUGACAGCCUCCCACUGGACACCUUGCUGGUUGACAUCGAGCCAAAGGUCAAGUCCAAGAAGAGAGAAGCAGUGGCUGGACGGGGACGAGGCAGGGGACGAGGCCGUGGCAGAGGAAGGGGACGAGGUCGGGGUGGCCCGAGGAGAUGAUCACCAGGUCGUACAUUUGCAGGCCACCACCCCACUGUUUGUACAGGAUUUUUUUCUUUGCUCAGAGGAAACAUUUUGUGAAUUUCCAUGUGUUUUCAGUUUUGUUUUUUCAUUAUUUUGUACAUUAAAAUGGAUAGAGGUAAAAAGGAA